AUGCAUAGCGUGCUUGAGGCCGUAUUUCACAAAGCACUUCUCUAUCCUCCAGUGGAGCAACGCGCCGAAGCUCUUCGGAUCAUCCGAAAGAUCACCGGAAAUGAGGAACGUCUUGCCGAUAUUGUGAUGGUUUCAGUAACUAGCAAAUCACUGACCCUGUGGACAGUUGUCAUGGAUUGCAUUUUUGAAUGUAGCAAUUCAGCAAACAUUGAGCUCGCAUCGGAUUCGCUUCGAACUUUGCAAGCUUUUAUCUAUUGA